AUGCAAGUUCUCAUCGGAACGAAAUUAGUGACUGAAGGAAUUGACAUUAAGCAAUUGAUGAUGGUGAUCAUGCUUGAUAAUAGACUUAAUAUUAUUGAGCUCAUUCAAGGCGUAGGGAGACUAAGAGAUGGGGGCCUCUGUUAUCUAUUAUCUAGAAAAAACAGUUGGGCGGCAAGGAAUCGUAAGGGUGAAUUACCACCGAUUAAGGAAGGCUGUAUAACCGAACAGGUACGCGAGUUCUAUGGACUUGAAUCAAAGAAAGGAAAAAAAGGGCCAGCAUGUUGGAUGCUGUGGCUCCAGGACAGACCUGUCUGCUGA